AUGAGGCGGGGGCGGGGGCGGGCGAGCUGCCUGAGUGGACGAGGCGCCACCGCCCCCGCGCCCGCCCCUCUGCCGCCGCCCCGCCCCCGUGCCACCGCCCCCGUGCCGCCGCCGCCGCCGCCGCCGCCGCCGCCGCCGCCGCCCCCGUGCCGCCGCAGCCAGCGGGGCGAGGGGCGGGGGCGGGGGUCUCGCGGCUCCCGCAGCGCGCGCGGCGCCUUGGGCCCACUGCGCAGGCGCCCCGCACCUCCCAGGCUGGAAAUCUCUUUCCACGCGGGGUUCAAUUCCCGCAUUGUGACCGGGGCCAAGAUCGCUUCCACGUGGCCCUUUGAGUUGCACUUGGCUGUGGCGUGGCCGGACCUUUCUCCUCAUCCUCGCCGGCAGACCCUCGGCUGGCGUCAAGCAACCAGGAUCAUGAAAACUCCCUUUUCCAGUGAAAUAAUCCCUCAUCAAAGGGAAGUAGAAUCUGAAAUCCUGUGCUCUCCCAACAUCGCCAUGUCUCGUCAAAAGGAUUAUUUUUUAUCAAGAGCUAUGGUUUGUUGUGUCAGUUUUUUUUAAAUGAUGUUCAGAGUUGACUUGUUA